AAUCUGUCUCCAAUUAUAAACAAACGCCAUCAACGCACCCUUUCCGGCUCCCUAAAACAGCAAGUGGAGUGGUGGCGCCCGCGCCUCCCACGAAUCCCCAGCGGAGUCGCUUUCAGUCCCCCCAUCUCGGUGUCGACUUAUUGCUUCCAGUCAUUUGCCCCUCCCCUUCGGGUUCUCACACGGCGGCGACAACCCCGGCCUCCACCUCGCGUGCUCACACACACGCAUACCGCGCAGGCAGGCAGUGACACUCGCAGCACAGCCACGGCCGUUCCACCAGGCAUGGCACAGGGCUCUACUUCAUUAUGGCAGCAGCGCGACACAGCACUCUCGACUUCAUGCUCAGCACCACAGCUGAUUGUAAUGCCAUUUUUAGAGGUCUACAAUCCAUCUUCCAAAAGGAGGGAAUGAUAGAGACUAUUCAUAACUGGGAAAAUCAUGGUUACCUAGCAACAUACGUCAAUAAAAAUGGCUGCUUUGCGAAUUUGAGAAUUUAUCUUCAUGGUUUGGUUUUGGUUGAUGUACAGAGUUGCAAUGAUUUGAACGAGAAAGAAGAAACAGAACAGCUUCUAAAUAAAGUAGAAGAAAAAAUGAAAGAAUUAUUUCAUAAAAGUAUCAAAAGGAUAAAGCGCUUGCCAGUCAUUAUGAGAGGGGAUGCCAUUGAUAGAUACUGGCCUACAGCAGAUGGGCGAUUGGUGGAAUAUGACAUAGAUGAAGUUGUAUAUGACGAAGAAUCAGCUUAUCAGAAUAUUAAAAUUUUACAUUCAAAACAAUUUGGAAAUAUUCUUAUCCUCAGUGGGGAUGUUAAUCUGGCAGAAAGUGAUCUAGCAUAUACAAAAGCUAUAAUGGGGAGUGGAAAGGAAGAUUACACCAACAAAGAAGUGCUCAUUCUUGGAGGUGGUGAUGGGGGAAUAUUGUAUGAAAUUGUCAAAAUGAAACCAAAGAUGGUCACCAUGGCUCUUCAAGACAGAAAGAAAGAACAUUAUGAAGAAUGUUAUAGUAACAACAAAAUGAGUUAUUUCAUUCUUAUUAGUAUCAAAAACAUUGAUCAAAUGGUGAUUGACGGGUGUCGAAAAUACAUGCGUAAAACAUGUGGAGAUGUCUUGGACAAUAUAAAAGGAGAAUGCUAUCAGGUACUAAUAGAAGAUUGUAUCCCAGUCCUGAAGAGAUAUGCCAAAGAAGAAAGAAUGUUUGAUUAUGUAAUUAAUGACUUGACAGCUAUUCCAAUCUCCACAUCUCCAGAAGAAGAUUCCACAUGGGAGUUUCUACGAAUGAUUCUGGACCUUUCAAUGAGAGUCUUGAAACCUGAUGGAAAAUAUUUCACCCAGGGAAAUUGUGUCAACCUCACGGAAGCCUUGUCUCUCUAUGAAGAACAGCUUCGCAGGUUAUAUUGUCCUGUGGAAUUCUCAAAAGAAGUUGUAUGUGUCCCCUCAUACAUGGAGCUAUGGGUAUUUUAUACUAUUUGGAAGAAGACUGAAAUUUGAAGCUGAAAGACUGCACUACACAUGCUGCAUGAAAUGUGUAGGCUUGCCACAUGCUUUGUCUUGGUGUCUUGACUCUAAAUUAUAUGAUGUAGAUUAUUUUGAAAUUUAGUCACACUAUCAAUUGAUAAUUCUUUAAAUGGUUUUUAUUAUUUUAAUUUAAAAGCAAAUGCACAAUGUAUAUUUUGAUGAACUAGUGUGUUAUUUUUGAAAGUCAACUUAGCUAAAUUUGCAGCAAAAUUAUAGCUGCUGAAUGCACUGAACCUUUAGAAUGUGAUCAUUUUAUUAUGUUUUAUUUUAGAACUUUGAACAUCAGUUUUAAAAGGCAAUAUUAGCAUUUAGUGUGAUACUGUAGAUUUUUUUCUUCAACAUUUAUCAGUUUAAUAAUCAUGGUGUGACUUGUGCAUUUGUUGUCAAAUGAUCACUGUGCUUCCUUGAAAGAAAUUAAGAGUAGAUGUUAUUUUUUUAAUAAUACCUUCCAACUCACUGGGAUUUUUACAACUUAUUCAUGGUGAAUAAACUUUCACCAUGAAAAAGUGACAUAAAAGUACUAUCAUAAUUUAACAUCAUGGUAGUGUUAAAAUCUACCAUAUUUUUCGCACUGUAAGACACACCAGACCAUAAGAUACACAUUAGCUUUAGAGGAAGAGGAAAAAAAAUCUGCCUCUUCCUCCCAGCAUCCAUCUGGUAUUCAUCUGCCUAGCGUCAUUGUAGCAAACAGCCUGAUCAGCUUUAGCAUGUUAUUGCAGCCCCAGCACGUGCUCAUCAGGGCUUCACUCCGUUGCGCCCACCACCGGUCAACUGAGCUGAGCUGCUGCCUCUGCCAGGGAACACUGGAGCCUUUGCUGCCAAGCAGCUGAUUGGUGGUUUGGAUCGGCCUCUUGGAAUACCGCCAAUCAGCUGUUCUAGGCGGCGAACAGCAAUAAGACAGUGCCGGCAAUCGCCACCACCUAGAACAGCUGAUAGGUGGUAUUCUGGGAGGCCAAUCCAACCGCCAAUCGACUGCUCGGCAGCGAAAGCUCCAGAGUUCCCUGGCGGCAGCAAAUGGCAGCAGUGCUGACAGGCAGUGACAGUUGGCACCAACCCCACUCUCCCCGCCGCAAUAUUCGUUCUAUAAGAUGUACAGACAUUUCCACCCACUUUUGGGGGGGGAAAUAGUGCAUCUUAUAGUGCAAAGAAUACGGUAUGUCUUUACUGCAUAAGAAUUAGCAUGAAAGUACUUGACCCUGGUUAUAGAAGGAAUGAACUAUUUAGUUUCUUUUUGCAUCAUCUGUUUUUCAACAAAGAUAUAAAUUGUUAUCUUUCCACCUGCAAAGAGAUUUACGAGCCAAUUAAUAAUGGUAUAAUGUACUAUUAUUGGUACACCAUUAUUGUACACUACCCCAAGUCGCUUGUUGUGAGAUAGGUGACCACAUAAAUGUGAUUGAUUGAAAAAAUAAAUGAAUAUAGUGUUAAUGAAUUAACUAGUAUGUAGUGAAAUGUCAAUCAAAAUCACUCUGUGUAUUUAUUGUAAGUAUGGUAGAAUAGUAGAUCGAACAACAGUUAAAACUAUGGGGUGGACUUUUUUUCCAAAUUAAAUAUGAACAGUUGAAAUGUAAGAGUUCUUAGUGCUUACAUGCUCUUUUUGCUUUGAUACUAAUAUUCCUAGAGGGAGAAAUGCACAUUAAAAAUAGACAAUAUGCUAGAAACUCGCUAUAAGGACCUGCCCCAGCUGGUCCCUCAGGAAAACAAGACUCUUAAAUCCAUUAAGUUGAAUUGAAAGAACUUUUACUGAGAGAAAGUGAUCUCAAGAAAGCAAGGUAGAAUAGAAUAGAAUAGAAUAGAAUUUUAUUGGCCAAGUGUGAUUGGACACACAAGGACACAAGGACACACAAAGCACAAAGCAAUUCUUUGGUUUCCAAAGCCCAACCCCCCUAACCAGUCCACCGGUAGCCAGUGUGUGAUGCCACACGGUUGUUUUGAGAAAGCUGAGAUUCUAGGCAGAUAACAGUUCACCUUCAGGGCAUGGCAGCCUUGAAACUAGGCUGGAACCCUGUUGGGAGAGAGUCCAGACAAUGACCCUUCCUAAUUCCCAAGCAGUACAGCAAAAGCAUGCAAAAAUGCCAGCAAGCCUCCUCUCCCCUCCCCCCUUCCAACAGAAUGGCAAGACACGAUGGUGGACCUGAUACUCACCCUUUAGCCAGUUUUAUCUAUGAUAAAUGGGAUAUUAGUUCGUGCAGCACAAGGCAUGUCCCAUUGACCUAAAACAUUUCUGGUGUACCAUGUUGAUCUGAGACAUUUAGGAAUGUUGUAUUUAUAUUUUGUGCCAGCUGAUCCCAACCAUAUGGAUGGGAUAAAUCUUACUGAUCUUAAGCCAUCAAUUAGCACCUAUGCUAUUUGAAUAUGCAUGUGGAAGCCUAUUAGAUUAUUGGAUCGAUGUCUCCUGGUCUGCUUCUGCAUAUGGUGUGAAAAUAUAUUUUUGUAAAAUCUGUGUGUACUGAUUUUUUGUUUGCUCAUUGUAUUGCUAAAAGCAGAUCCUGAAAAUAGUUGAGAUAUAGUUCUUAUUGUAAUGUUGAUGCAAUAAGAAAGCAAGAGAGAAUUAAAAUGUACCAUUCUUUUUUUUUUCAAUCUUAAAAAUCAUUCAAUAAAAUUAUUUUCUUGUUAAUU